AUGUCUGAGAAAUUUCCACCACUAGAAAAUGAAAAGGAGGACGAUUCCCUAAACGUGGACGUGGAACAAGAGGGAACUGAUUUCUUGCAAAGAGAAGCUGCUGCUCUAGGUAAUGAAUUUGCCACUGAACAGGAUGCUGAACUAUUCGAUGAGCCUGUCGAGGCUAAAGAAGAGAUUAAACAAUUUGAAAACCAAUAUCCUGAUAUUCAUGAUGUACAAAGUAAUGGUGUUCCUGAACAUAACGACGAGUUUUACGAAAUGCAAAGCAAUGCUCAAGAAUCAGCAAAUGCUGCCCCAUCAGAAGCUGUCACUGAAUGGAGAGAACGUCGUGUUGAAGAAAUCAAGAAGCUAGAUGAAGCCAAUGAAAAGGCCAAGGGAGAAUUGCAAGAUGAAGCUGUGAAACAUAUUGAUAACUUCUAUGAAGACUAUAAUAGGAAGAAAGAGCAACAAAUCGAAGUAACCCAAAAGGAAGCUGAAGAAUUCUUGAAAGAAAGAGAUCAAUUUUUUCAACAGGACAACACAACGUGGGAUCGUGUCUUACAAUUAAUUAAUACGGAAGAUGCUGAUUCUGUUGCCGGUAGAGACAGGUCGAAGUUUAAAGAAAUAUUACAAAGAUUGAAGGGUAAGACGGAUGCACCAGGAGCAUAG